AUGAGGCGACGCUGUGCCGGCCAAGCGUCAUAUUGCACCGAGUCGCUGCCGCCGCCCGCCACGUCUUCUGAUCCGACGACGACGACGACGCCGGCGACGUUGGCCACGUCUGAUGCGCCUUACUCUUACGUCGCUCUCUGAUAAGAUAUCCUCUGAUUCAUUUUCCUCUGCGCCGAAAUUGUCGUUGACCAGCCUGCUCGCCGUGUUACUCAUCGCCGUCGCGCUCUUGCCUGGAGGGUAAAUUUUCAUUUUUUUCACGAUUUUUUUCUCAAAAGAUGCUUAGUUCGAAAUCAGAGAUUUACUCGUAAGAUUUUACCUAAGCAUGUUUCAUUUUUGGAGAAAAGUUUAUUUUUAAAUUUCGUAAAUGUAAGAUUCUUGAUCUGAAAUCAAUUCUUCAAUUUUGAUCUUGUAAGGAUUUCUUUCAAAAACAUUAAUUUUCUUACUUUUUAUAGAUCAUAUCGUGGUCCAAAGCAUUUUGGUCCGGUUUCGAAUUGAUUUUUGAAAUCAGCGUGUAAAAUUAAACUUAAUUGUCCUGCCUUAUAAAAAAAUAAUUUAUUUUUCUUUCAUUUAUUUUUUUAAAGUCACAUAUAUAGAUAAUUUAACAUUGUAAAAUUAUUUUUCUUCUAAAAGCCUCCAAAAUUAUUGUUUUCAGGCGUUUUUUGUGUCAUUUUGCGAAAUGACUAUUUUCAUUACUCAUUUUGAUUAGAGGUUUCAGUGGACAAAUAUUCCCAAUUUGAAUUUUUUUUUUAGAUACAAACUCAAUUCCUUCGUAAAUGAUACCAAUUCGCUAAUUCGAAGUAUGUUUAUAAAAAUACUUUUAAAGGCGCAUAGGUUAGAUUUAUAAAGGUCUCGCGACGACUUUCAGAAGCCAAGUUUUGUAACUGUGUUCGUGAUCAACCUAUAAUCGUCCCCAUUAGAAAAUUUUAAAAUUUUUUUUAAACUUCAUGUUGGACAAACCGGUUCCAGGACAUUUUCCCUUGCAAUACCGUUCAAAAGUCUGAAGUUUGAAAGCAAUUAUCUUCCCCCAAAUUGUUCCAUACAUCCCCAUAAAUCGCAGAAAAUCAAAAAGGUACCACGAAUUGUGACGUUCAUGAUGAAUCUGAGGGGCUCAGAGAAAACAGCCGUAUUUCAUCAGGCAAAAAAAAAGAACCUGGCGAUUCGUCAUUCUCAGGUAGAAAUAAUGAUCCCCGGAGCGUUCUACGAAGGCUAAUUGCUGUUAUCCAACCAUUCUGAUUCCCAAGUCGCUAGUUAAAAAGAAAAAAAAACGAUAGGUUAUAUUAGAAUGAAUCACAAAGUUAGCUGCCUCGAAAACAAAAAAUUUUUUUUGGAAUUAUCUCAAAAGAUCAAGUUUUGUAAAUCAUGAAUUCCGUGUUGGAAAGGCGUUCAGAAGAGUAGGAUAGUCUUUAAGAAAAUCUAAGCUGGAACGGAUACUGUGUUUGAAAAAUGCUGGAAAUGCGAUUUUAGGCGAUUUUUUGUAUAUUUACUGGGGCUUUUUAUGUAACCAUCAGAAAAAUAUUCUCUUUUUCUUGUCCCACAAGAGAUUUUGGAAAAAAAAACUAAAAAGAACGCGACUGUAAAAGCGAGAAAACGAAGCCCCGAUUUCCACGUAAUUUCGAGUGUUUUGGCAAAUAUCACAGCUCAUUUUGCUGACGAAAAGGAAGGAGAUACCUGAAACCCGCGCACGGCACAGACAUUCGUCACAACGGGGCACACAGGAAAAUUUGGGUCGGGUGAAUUAUUUAGCGACGGAUUGACGCGUGUAAAUAAAUAUCCCCACACGUUUUUACUAUUGUUGGUGUGUGGGUAGUUCGUUUUUAGUACGACAUUUUGUUGUUAUUUCGGGAAUUAUUCCUGUAAGAAGUCCAUGAGAACUAUUAAAAAUAAUUUGGGAGCCCAAAAAGGCGCACGUGGAAUGGCUUGUGGUUUUGAAAUUAAGAAGCGUUUUUUAAGGCUUUCCGAUGCCAACCCGCGCAAGUCGCUUGAGGUCGGGUGCAGUUUGUAGAAAUCGCACAAACGACCAUGCGUCUUAAAGCUGUCUGAUAAGAUUUAAAAAAACUUCAAAACUAUAAAAUUAUAAGAAAAAAAGCUUCCUUGCAGGGGAGUCGUGAAGAAGAAGUACAUAACAUUUUUCCAGCGAGUCGGAUGCCUCAUCCGACACGGAAAUCAUCAAAAAACUUCUCGGCAAAGGCUACGAUUGGCGGGUUCGGCCGCCUGGUAUCAAUUUGACCGUUCCUGGUGAGUUUUCGAAUCUUUUUCCUCUUCAAAAAACCUCUGCAAAAGAAUUUCAAAGGUUCAUAAUUGAGUAUUUUUAAAAAAAGAAGGAAAAAUGAAGGUCUCGAGGCGAUGAGUCCUUUUUCAGCUUUAAAGAACUUUUCAAGAACUACUUUUUAAGAUUAGGAGCAACCUAUUUCAGGGACCCACGGCGCUGUUAUUGUCAACGUGAACAUGUUGAUUCGAAGGUGAGCAGACUUUUUCUUUUUUCUGAAGUUCAAAUUUCGCACUUUUCCCCUCUCUAACUCAUUUAAAAAAAUUUAAACGACAAUAAAAUGAAAAUUAACAAAACAAAAAACCAAAGAACUUCUCGAAAUUUCCCACACUUCAUUCAUUUAUUCAUGGCCGAACGAAUCCCAGGCCUUUUUUCGCCUACUUCUCACUUCUUUUUUCAAUAAUUUAGUGUCUGAAGUUGUUUAGAUCAUACAUCUUCGUCAUGGAUGUACUUUUAGGGACACGGGGAAAAAUUAACAAGGCUAAUCUGAGAAGGUUUUCACAACGGGGGCUCCUCGUAUUGCGUUGUUAGUUCUCGGCAACAUUUUCUUCUCGGUGCGAUGGGACUAAUUUUGGAGGGGUCUGAAGAUAUAUCGAAAAAUGUAGAUUCUCAACAGAUUCUACGAGUUUCACAGUGAAUUGCAAGAAAAAGCGAUUCGAGAAAUAGUAUGAAGGAAAAUUUGAGCAUGAAUAGAAAAAAAAAACCUUUUACGGUGUUCGGAGUUUGAAUUUUGCGAUAUUAAACUCAAAUUUUCCCGAUCUUGAAAGAAUUCUGACAUUUUUCGCCCUCAAGACAGAAACUGAUAAAUUUCAAAUUUUGAUGAUUCAAUUUUUUCCAGUUUUUAAGGCCUGGAAGGUGUUUAGCUUCAAAUAGUUUCGCAUUUUUUGCUUUUUUCGCCCCUUUCCCCUUUUUAAUCAAUUUUUGAUGUUUUAGAAAGUUCUGAGAGGUUUUUUAAAUGAAAAAAUCCGCUUAUCUGUCUUUGUUCUCAAAAAUCCGCUUAUCUCUCUUUGUUCUCAAUAUGGAAUUUCUAAGUGACUUUUUGAACUUCGGACCAUUAGAAAAAGUCAAAAAUUUCCUUUUUCUCUGCAGUAUAUCCAAAAUCGACGACGUCAACAUGGAGUACAGCGUGCAGUUGACGUUCCGCGAAGAGUGGGUCGAUGGCCGGUUGGCCUUCGGAUUCCCUGGCGACAACAAGCCCGACUUUCUGAUUCUGACUGCCGGCCAGCAGAUCUGGAUGCCUGACAGCUUUUUCCAGGUCAGUUCUCGGUAUAUAUCACAUCGCCCUUCGUUCUCGAUUGAAGUUCAUAAUUUUGGUGCAUUAAAAUAAAUUGAAAGUGAGUUUUCUAUGGCCACGAAACAAGGCAUAUACAGUAAUUUUACCCUUUUUUUCUCUCUCCAAUUUUUUCUGGUUUCUCAACCAAACUUGAUAGUUUUGGUAGCACUCGUUUGCUUUGGUAGUAAUUUGGUAGCAAACGAAGAUAGAAAAGUGAUCUUUCCAGUGAUACCAAAGACAAAGGACCUUGCAUGAUCUGAAAAAAGGUGUUUUAUAUAUUUUAUAAUGUCCGUGAUUCUUUCUUUUGUCUCCCUCUAGACAGCUUUGUCCUUGUUUUCUUGAAACUUCAUGACUUCCUCUAUUUUUUGUAGACCCUGUUUUUGUAGACCUUUUGAUUCAUAUUUUAAAAUUUCAGCUCAAAUUGAUAAUUUAUCAUUUCCAGAACGAAAAGCAAGCCCACCGGCAUAUGAUCGACAAGCCAAACGUGUUGAUCCGGAUACAUAAAGACGGCCGGAUUUUGUAUUCCGUUCGAAUUUCCAUGACACUUUCGUGCCCCAUGCACCUACAGUACUACCCGAUGGAUGUCCAAGUCUGCCUGAUCGAUCUGGCUUCUUACGCUUACACGGAGAAUGAUAUUGGUCAGUUUAUGAAUUAGUUCAUGAGAGAGCUGAUAGAUGAUGAAAGGAUGACAAAGCAAGGAUGAACCAGGAGGAAACAGGAUGACGAUUUUGUGCAAAUUAUGAGCAUCGUUUUUUUUUUAAAGCAUGGACAGAUUUCGAAAAAAAUUCCGAGAUGAAUGGUCGUUUUCAUUUUUCCAGUCGUUCAAGACUUCUGAGAUCAUUGAAAAAAGGAAGAAAAUUCGAUUUUCAAUGACGCAUUAGUAGUUUUCGAAGGUUCAUAGCUUUGGUUUUUCAUGAUUUUUCCAGAAAUGAGGGCGUAGCAACUCUAGAAAAGGUUUUUUUCACAGGCAAUUUUCAUGUGGAGUAUUUGAAAAACGGGGUAACGAAAAAAGAGGGUAUACAACGGGGCAGAUUGGCCCACGUCAAAGAUAUGAAAGGGAAAUCCCAGGUGUCGUGCAAAUAUGAUCGAACAAAAAAUGCAAAUCUUGAAAAAAAAGCAAAAAAAAAAUCCAAAAAAAAAAAUGCGGUGAUGUACAAUUCGGAGACGUCACGCAUCGAGAAUGUAAACACAAUGUGCAUGCACGCAAAGCGCUUAUUCGCAUACAGUAAUCUCCGCGGCAGCGCAACAGGUUGUGUGCCUGUCUACGGUCCAAAGGGUCACAAGUUUGAUCCGCGACCUAAAGGGUUUUAAGUAAUGGUGGUAGUGGGAAAAGACGGCUUCAAAAUCCCCAGCCGUCACUGACACAAGGACGGAUAUGUCACUAGAGCCAGUCCACUGAUAUCAGGAUAGGACUUUGGCUAAGCGACCAGGGGCGCCGACGCCGCUCAAGAGAUACAAAGGCGUUGGAGAAGAAGAAGUAGUAAUGUAUAUGUAAAACUCACUUGUCGGAGCACCCAAUCCCUGAUAACCAUAACCGGCACAACCGAAACCACGGCUUCGAAAUCCCCAGCCGUCACACAUACGUCACUAGAGCCAGUCCACUGAUAUCAGUAUAGAACUCUGGCUAAGCGGCAUGGGCGCCGACGCCGCUCAAGCGGUACAAAGGCGUAAAAAGAAGAAGUACUUGGAUAAGUCACUUGUCGUAGCACCAGAUCCCAGAUAACCAUUACCGGCUUAACCGAAACCACGGCUUCAAAAUCCCCAGCCGUCACACACAAGGACGGAUAUGUCACUCGAGCCAGUUCACUGAUAUCAGGACUUUGGCUAAUGGACCAGGGGCGCCGACGCCGCUCAAGCGGUACAAAGGCUUAAAAAGAAGAUGAAGUAAAUGGAAAACUCACUCUUGUCGUAGCAACCAAUCCCAGAUAACCCGACUGUACCAAUCGCCCCUCCUGAUCAGCCGACAGCGCCGCUCACCGACCUUGCAGUCGGUGUCGUGGCCGUCGGUGAGCCGGUGAGCGGCGCCGUCGGCUGAUCAGCAGAGGAUGCGGUAGGCGAGUAGUGGGUCCAGUCGAGUUAUGAUCAUCUGGGAUUUUCAACCCUUUUAUACUCUUUGACGGCCUAAUCUCCCACGUUAUCUAUUCAUUUUCAAAUAAACAACAGUUCAGAUCACUCUGACAUGAAAUUGCCGUAUCGAAGUUGCAUUUUUAUUUUGCAGAAUACCGAUGGAAACUCACUGAUCCAGUACAACUCAAGCCCGGUUUACACUCUUCUCUCCCCAGUUUUCAGCUUAAUAAUGUAAUUUUUUUAAAUAUUUUAUAAAAAUUGAAAGUCAUUUUGAUGAUAAUUUUGAAAGAUAGCUUUCAAAGUGGACUUUUUUUAUUAUUGAUUUUUUUGUAAUUUUUUUUAAAAUUUUUAGGUAACAACGACGUUGUGUCGAAGUUCAACCAACACCGGUACUUAUUCGUGCCUUAGGACCGUUUUGGAAUUGCGACGGCAGUUUAGGUAACCUUACCCAUUUUCAAAAGUUGAUUAUGUCAUUACUUUUUCAGUUAUUAUCUUUUACAACUUUAUAUUCCAUCAACCAUGUUGGUGAUCGUCAGUUGGGUCUCCUUUUGGCUUGAUCGAGGUUUAUAUUUCAUUGUUUCGAUUCUAAGAAUUUUCUCAGUGUUUCUUCGAUUUUUUGAAGCACUUCAUACAGCUUGAAAACUGAAAUUUGAAAAAAAAAAAAUCAAUUUUCAGGAGCUGUACCAGCCCGAGUAACGCUUGGUGUAACUACUCUACUCACCAUGACGACUCAGGUUUUUUUGAUGAUUUUUUUUUCUUGAACUCUUUCAAAAAUGUGAAAAAAUCGUGCUUUUCAAUAUUCAGGAUGUCACAAUUUCCCGAAAAAAAAAUUCAAUUUUAUGCCGUCGAGCUCUGAAAAAAAUAGUUUUAAGGUUCAAUUGUCCAUAAAAUUUCAUUUUUUUAUACCAUUUUGAAGAUAAUUUUUGCCAUAAAACUUUUUUUUGGAAGAGUUUUUAAUGUAUAAGAGAAAUUUUUUUCUCUAUCUUGGAGGUUUCUUUUUUUCGAUACAAGAAAAAAACGUCGCAAAAAAACGUUAAAUUUAUCAAAAAUUUUGAUAUAAUUUUUUUUUGAGUAAUUUUUCAUCAAUAAUCAUUCUAUAAUAAUUUUUUUCGUAUAUCAGAAAAACGAUAUAGUGUAUAUGAAUUGUUUAACAAAGUUCAGUUAAAAAAAUUGAGUAUAUAAAAAGCAGUCGAAAAAAACGUGAUAAUUAUGACAAUUUUUUUGAAUUCGGCUGAAAGCUUUCUUUUUUUCUAUUGAUCAGUUUAUUUCAGACUUUACUGAUUUUUCUUACAAGUUAAUUUGUAUAUUAAGGACAAAGUGAAUGAAUUUCAGGCUUCUGGUAUAAAUGCGAAACUUCCACCCGUUUCCUACACAAAAGCGAUCGAUGUCUGGAUCGGCGCCUGUAUGAUGUUCAUUUUCGGGGCUUUGCUGGAAUUCGCCUGGGUUACCUACAUAUCGUCGAGGAGUUUUUAUAAAAGUUGGUUUUUUUUUCACAGGAUUUGCAAAAAAUUAUUUCUUCAAAAUCACAUUUCCUUCAAAAUUUUUGACAAGCCUCAAGGAACGUUCCCGAUUUUUGGAGAUCAAGAAUUUGGGAAAUCAAAAUUUAAGCUCCGUCUUUGCAGCCCGGAUAACCAUGGAAAGUGUGCUCUGAGAACAAAAAUUUCAUAUUUUAUUGAAAACAUGAGAAAAAACAUUAUUUUGCCUUCGAAAUGACUAAAAAAAAAGUAACCACAGAAACUUCGCUCUAAAAACAAAAUUUUUAACUUGAAAAACGAAAAAGCAGCUAUUCUAAUAAUUUCCAGGUAGUAAAAUGCUUGAUCCGUCCAAAAACGCACUGAUGAUUGGCACGAAACAGGCGAUCAUCAUCCCAAACACCACCGUCACCAAGUUCAACGAUGCCGUUUUGGUAAUUUCUCGAUAAUAAAUCGAGAAUUAACCCCACUAAAAAAUUUAGGACGACAUUCGCGCUCCAUCGGACGAUCCAGAAGUCUGGAUCCGACGAGGAACUAAUGGAAAUCGAGAUAUUGGCGAGCAGGCCGAACUUAUUGUUUUUGGACCGAGGGAGGUGAAAAGGUGAUAUAUUGUUAUUAUUUUCAUUUUGAAAAUUCUUGAAGGGGCCACUUCUUCAAGUAUCACUUUGAGCUGCUUAGGAACCUCAGAGUGGUCCCUAUAGGGCCUGUUUUACUCUAACCCCUGUAGGGACCACCUUGGACUUCAAUCCCUUGAAAAUCUAUUUCGAUUUUUCUUUUGAUACAAUCUUGGCAUCAUCAAGAAUACAUUGAGUAAAGUUAGUUUAUUGAAACUCAUUUUCAGAGUUUACUUUUUUUUUUUCAAAUACAUCUUUUUUUCAGAAUCACGAUAUAAUUUUUUUUUUUACUUCAAUUGAUCUCUUACUUUCAGAACAACGAGAUGUACGAACUUCCUACGAAGUUCGAUAUUUUUACAAGUGGGCCCAUCGGAAGAUGGACGACCAGGACAAUGGAAAAACGGGCCGAUUUGGUUUCGAGUAUGAUUUUUAUUUUAUCAUAGAAUUAAAUCGAUAAAUUUCGAAAACCUUUGCGAAAAACAGUUAUAAUCUUCAAAAUUAAAAAUUUUUUUUUCUAAAUAUUUCAAUCUGAACUAUCAAAAAUUGAUUAUCAAAUUUAAAAAAACGUAAUAUUUUUUUUCAGGAGUUCUGUUCCCGUUUCUUUUUCGCCUGCUUCAAUAUCAUCUACUGGACUACCUAUUCAAGAUAUCAAGUUCCACAGCCAAAAUAA